AGGUUAGCAAAGAACAACAUUGACAGAUCAAGAGAACAAUAAGGCAUACUAGCAACAGAAUUCAACAUAGCAACAUAACAACUAAGGUAUCUAUAUACAUUGUUGCUCUUUGUUUCUGUUGUUCUAAUGUUUAAAGGCUCCCAUCUGUGUUGGAAGUAAAAUUUCUUCUACAUAUGGAUAGGAAAUUUUAUGAUUUUUAUAAUAAGUCUAUAUUCCUCUCAUCAGUUCUUGGGAUAUAUAGUUUCUAUAUGAUUAUCUUAUUUUUGUUUUAUCUUCAUCAAAUGCGACAUUUGUUUUAAAUCUGACACUGUUUUUAUUUUCAUAUAGAGUUCCAAAUGGGCACAUCUGAGAUGGAGAACAAGCCAUUUCCGGACAUCUCAGAAAAUGUGUCGCAGGAAACCCAUGAAAAGAUGCUUUCUAGGCAUAGGUUAACUGCUUUGAUCUAUUUUGGCUCAUUAUUUGUCAACUAUUGCUGGAAGAAGGAAAUCUGUGAACUGCAUAACAAGGAAAUGCCAAUGAAAAAGACAGCUGCAAAAGGCAGUAAGGCUGAGCAGAAAGCAAAGAAGAAACAAGUGGAGGAUGGAAUAUCCAAUCUUUCUGCAAAGCUGAAACAAAAGCAUGCUGAGGAACUUGCCUCGGUUGUGCCAACAAUGAUGGUAAAGAAAAAGGUCAACUUGACAGUUUGA